AUGGAUCACAGAACACGCAAACGAGUUCGUGACGUGAAAGACAGGGCUAGACCAGAACUUAGAUCAGAUAAUGGCUGGAAUAAAUAUUGUUACCAUGAAAAGUUUGAUUUAGACAAAGAAAAAAUAAGGAGAAAAGACACUGUGCACAGAAUAGAUGCCUCAAAAGUUUCACAUGAAGAAUUUAUAGAGAAGUAUGAAAAGACCUACACUCCUGUUGUAUUAGUUAAUAACCAAAAUGAUUGGAUGGCAAAGAAAAAAUGGACGUUAGAUAGACUAGCCAAGAAAUACAGAAAUCAGAAGUUUAAAUGUGGAGAUGAUGAUGAUGGUUAUUCAGUGAAAAUUAAAAUGAAAUAUUUUGUGGACUAUAUGAAACAUAAUAAUGAUGAUAGUCCGUUGUAUAUUUUUGACAGUUAUGGUGAGCAUGCUAAAAAGAAGAAGUUAUUAGAAGAUUAUGAAAUUCCAAAAUAUUUUCAAGAUGACUUAUUUCGGUAUGCUGGUGAAGAGAAACGACCUCCAUACAGAUGGUUUGUAAUGGGUCCAGCUCGUUCUGGUACUGGAAUUCAUAUAGAUCCUUUAGGUACCAGUGCUUGGAAUGCAUUAGUUAGUGGUUAUAAAAGAUGGUGUUUAUUGCCCACUGAAACUCCACGGGAGUUGGUGAAAUUAAAGGGUGAGGAAGGUGGUAAACAACAAGAUGAAGCUGUCACAUGGUUUGAUAUAGUUUACCCUAAAACGCAAGAAUCGUCUUGGCCACAACAAUAUAAACCACUGGAAAUUUUACAAAAGCCUGGUGAAACAGUAUUCGUUCCCAGUGGAUGGUGGCAUGUUGUAGUUAAUUUAGAAGAUACCAUAGCAGUCACACAGAAUUUUGCCAGUGUCACUAACUUUCCUAUUGUAUGGCAUAAAACUGUCAGGGGUCGUCCCAAAUUAUCAAAGAAAUGGUACAAAAUUUUACAGAAAGUGAGACCAGAGAUAGCUGAAGUAGCAGAUCAAGUUAAAGUAUAUGAACCAACUGGGUUUAAUUCAGAUAGUAGUAGUUCAGGCUCUUCUAGUUCCAGUAGUGAUGAUAGUUCUGAUAGUGAUGACUCAGAAGCUGCCAGUAAAAGGUAUAUAGAAAGUUUUUUGCAGAGUGACAUUUGCUUUGAUAUCCUCAUCAGAUGUAGAAACAGUGGCAUUCUUAGUGUGGUCUCCCUACCCCAUCUCUAA